AUGAGUUCGACUCCGGAAAAGACAGACUCGAUCCAAUUCGACCGAACAUUUUUAGAUCGCAUCAAGAGGCGACUGGAGGAGGAUAAGCAUCUAGUCGGUCACCAUUUCGACUAUUGCAAAGAUAAACCAUUACGUGAGGCUGCUGUAUUCAUGCCUCUUUGCGUUGUCAAGGGCGUCCCAAGUGUUUUAGUAACUGUUCGAUCAAGCAAGUUGAGAAACCAUCGAGGAGAGUGCAGCUUCCCAGGAGGAAAACGCGACCCAACAGACAAGAGUUGUCUUGAAACGGCAUUACGAGAGAUGGAAGAAGAAAUUUUUAUCUCACGUAACGAUGUUGAAGUUCUUGGGGAAUAUACGCCAAUGCCCAACAAGGAUUGCACAAUGAAGGUUCAUCCAUAUAUUGGAUUCAUUCAUAAACCUAUCCAAGAUAUCAACACUGAUAUUCGAUUCAAUACUGAUGAGGUGUCUAAAGUCUUUGCAAUUCCAUUGGAAGACUUGUUGAAUCCUCAGAAACGUCAACACCUUGCCCGGUUUAGGGAUUCAAAAUACAUAUACCCGGUUUGGCAUGUCGAACAGGAAGGAUGUACUGUUUGGGGAUUGACGGCUUUUAUCAUGGAUGGGGUCUUGCGUAGGAUUAUGAAGCAAGGCCCUCGAGGCGCUAUGAUAUGUCCUGAAGGCGCAAAUAUUCAGAAAUAUAGACCUCCUUCGCCUCCAUCCUCAUCACCGACAAUGUAA